AUGGCUAGCAUCACUUCUUCCGCCAUCAGGCAGGCAGGUCGCCUCUGCCGCUACACGCAAGUGCCGGGCGUUCCUUCAAGAGGUAUUUCCUCGUUAUCGAGGGUGGCGGUUGCGCCAAUCCACAGAUUAUCUCAGCAGCGCAGAUACGUCUCGGAAACGAAACGUGACAAUGCGCAGGUCAACAUCGAAACAGCCAUCAAGCUUGACAAGAAGGACUUCAUUGACGUUGUCCCUCAGUCUCCCGAUGCGCCAAACGUAAUGGUUAGCCCCAUGGCUGAAGUUUUGAAGCAAGUCACCACGAUGGAGGAGGGCCAACGGCCCAUCUAUCUCGACAUGCAAGCCACGACUCCCGUCGAUCCCCGCGUCCUCGAUGCCAUGCUGCCUUUCAUGACUGGCAUCUACGGUAACCCGCACUCGCGAACACACGCAUAUGGAUGGGAGAGUGAGGAAGCAGUUGAGACGGCUCGGUCGCACAUCGCGAAGCUUAUCGGUGCCGACCCCAAGGAAAUUAUUUUCACCAGCGGCGCCACCGAGAGCAACAACAUGAGCAUCAAGGGAGUCGCGAGGUUCUUUGGCAGAUCUGGAAAGAAGAAGCAUAUUGUCACUUCACAGACGGAGCACAAGUGCGUUCUCGACAGCUGUCGACAUCUCCAAGAUGAGGGUUUCGAAGUCACAUACCUCCCAGUCAAAAACUCUGGCUUGAUCGACAUGGAUGAGCUAGCUGCGGCGAUUCGUCCGGAUACUGCCAUUGUCAGUAUCAUGUCCGUGAACAACGAAAUCGGAGUUAUCCAACCGCUGGAGCAGAUUGGAAAGCUUUGCCGGGAGAGGAAGACCUUCUUCCACACCGAUGCUGCGCAGGCUGUCGGAAAGAUUCCUAUGGACGUCAACAAGAUGAACAUUGACUUGAUGUCCAUCUCCUCCCACAAGAUUUACGGCCCCAAAGGCAUCGGAGCUUGCUACGUUCGCCGCCGGCCUAGGGUCAGACUCGACCCUAUCAUCAGCGGAGGUGGGCAGGAGAGAGGAUUGCGAAGCGGCACCCUCGCACCGCCACUGGUUGCUGGCUUUGGCGAAGCGUGCCGCAUCGCCUACGAGGAAAUGGAGUACGACUCGAAGCGUAUCAAAUUCUUGUCCGAUCGCCUCCUCAACGGCCUUUUGUCGCUGGAACACACUACCCAGAACGGUGAUCCUGAGCACUUCUACCCUGGAUGCGUCAAUGUUUCAUUCGCUUACGUUGAGGGCGAGUCGCUGCUCAUGGCUCUGAAGGACAUCGCGCUGUCUUCCGGCAGUGCCUGCACCUCUGCAUCCCUGGAACCCAGCUACGUCCUCCGUGCUUUGGGCAACAGCGAUGAGAGCGCGCACAGUAGCAUCCGAUUCGGCAUUGGUCGUUUCACCACCGAGCAGGAGAUUGAUUAUGUGCUCAAGGCAGUCAAGGAGAGAGUCGACUUCUUGCGCGAGUUGAGCCCGCUCUGGGAGCUAGUUCAGGAGGGCGUUGACCUCAACACCAUCCAAUGGAGCCAGCAUUAA